CUUUGCUCACAGAACCUCCCUUGAAUCCGGAGAACAUUUUCUAUCUACAUUUCACGUGUCAUGCAAUUUCCACGAGCAACUUCAAUUUUCACGUUUCCAUCUUUCUUCGAUUCGAAGAAACUCUACAGAUCUUGCAGAAAUCUGCCUCAAAAUUUAAAGACCGACCUUCACCCACAUGUCACAUCUUACGUACGUUGCACAAUUAAUAAAACUUCGAUGUUUACACUUCAGAAAACCUUUCCGCGUUUUAUAAAAUCCGACUGAACUCCGCGAAGAAAUUUCACAAACUGUUCGUUCGUUCAAAAGUCAGUGCUCGAGUUCUACGUUUUCUGCUCGGUCCAUUGACCACCCCCGGAACUGGAUGUCAGCCGCAAGCGUUAACCCCAUCGCGACCAAACUUUCGAUUUACUUGGACGUUCGACGUUCGAAAGGAACUUUCUAUGCGGAAAGCACUACCAAUCGUUGGUGCUGAAGCAUACAGGGCUACGAAACCGUGACGAUGACCUUGCGGAGGACGCGAAUCGACGCGGAAGAAAAUUAGGACGACGCCACGCACCGGUCUUGGUGGCGCACUAAAUGUCGCAAUCGGUCGGACGCCGUUCGUUUGAACGCGACGACGAGGAAGGGGCCGAACACUUUCUCUCGACGUCGAGUCGAACCAGCGGUAGCAGGCCUACGGUCGCCCGGAGGAACACUCGACCACGAGUUUUUACCAAAGGAACAGCUAGUCCAGCGUCACGUUUUCUACCGGUGAUCCUGUACAUCACAACUGUCACGUAGAACAGGUCGGCGGAAUCAAUCGAUAUCGGUUCGGUGUUAUCUUCCAACGAAACACGUGAAUAAUCGUACAAGGAAUAAGAACUAAGUGGAAUGGAAUGCAAUGGAUUUGUGAAUGAAGUUUGAGACUGUUGGUAGAAUGUGUUGCGAUUGAUAGAGGUUUUGGGUGUUCCUGAAGUUUCGGCUUUCCAAGUGGAAUGUAUUCAGAUUGAUUGAGAUUUCGAACGUUUUCUCUAGUGGCUGGAGAGUGAAUAAUCGUAGGGAGAAUAAGUUCGACUAGAAUGGAUUUGUAAAUAGAGAGUAUUGGUAAAGAGUGCUGCUGUUGGUCGUGGUUUUGAAUGGUUUCAAAUGUUUUAUGUAAUUGUUAAAAAGCGUUGACUUGCGUGAAAGUUGCUUGAGCCGGGAAUUGCUUGAAGAAUUUGUGAACUUUGUAGUUGAGAUGCUUGAAACUGUUCGGAUGAAAUGGAUUUGUAUAUUGAUAAUUAUGUAUAAUUAUAAGUAGAAUUGGGGUUGACCGAGUUUUGGUUGAAUUUCCUAUGGUCGUUGAAAAACGUUGAAUAAUUUAGAAUUUGUUUGAAUGGGCAAUUUAUAAAAUUUACGACUGUGAUAGAUUCGGGUGGAAUGAAGUUGUGAAUGGAAAUUAUUAAUGAAGUAUAUCGAAGUUUGAAGUUUUUAAUGUUCUUCGCGGUCUAUGAAGACCACUGAAUCGUUUGGAAACCAAUUAAAUGGAGAAUUGUUCGGAGAAUUUCAGAAAUUUGAAAUUAGAACGCGGUCGAAGUUGUGUAUGGUGGUGGGAUUAAUAUAUUAGCUUCUUGCGAGGGAUUAAAUUUAAUUCACAGUUCAUACAAUGUACAAACGUUCAUGUGGAAACAAUAACGAUAACAGAAAUAAUACAUGGAAUAACAAUAAAUAUGGAAACAAUGCGAUUAAUUUGUUAGAUAGCGUUCUAAGAUGCAAAUGACAAAUGCGUGUUUGAUCCUGGGAUGUUGCUUCCUUGCGGUGACGUUGGUGAACGCGGCACCGGGUCCAGAGGAACCUGCCUUCCACCUUCCGGUGCAGUUGAUCGGCUUCCCCGUGAUUACAGCCGCUGUGAGGAUCACUAAUUUCGUGAAGAAACUUGCGUACUCGUUGAAUCCAGAGACUUACGUCAACCGAGUAAGACGAGACCUACCUCUGGUACACGACGAAGAAAUUCUAGAUGUUAGCCAAGUGGAGAAGAAGUUGAUAUCGGAGUUGGGCAGUAACGUUUGCGUUUACGAGAGAAUCUGCGCCAAGUAUGCGGCCGAAACUCUACAGAAACGAAGUCGGCAACGAGCUUUGGACUGGGAUGUCGUUUUCAGCGAGUACAAAUCAUCGCCGAACCCGAUGAAGGAGAAUUAUUUAUUGAGCGUGUUCCUGGGCGACAUCAUAGGAAGCCCGCGACUCUGUCAUCAGCUGGCGAAACGAGGGAGAGGCUGCGACGAGACCACGCUCACGGAUUAACUGUAAACCGUACCAUUUACGGAGCCGCGUAUAGAUUGUAAAUAUCGCGAAGCGUGUUCCCGGUUUGCAUCGUGCAAAGGAUCGUCCAUCCUUGCUACAUAAUAAUCGUAGUUGCGUAAAACGCGACGAGGAUAAAAUUGUAUAGGGGAACUAAUGACUUUAGGACCCGUAAUUAAUUGUUAUCGCUUUGUUACCUGAAGUUCGUUGCUUAUAGGAUUUACUGAUUAAUCGUACUUUAUUGUCGGUGGAAUCUGAAUGGAACAAGUCGUCGAUGAUAGAAAGCUGUUAGAGUGAAUAGAUCCGACGAAGAGAGGGCAUAUUAGUUUCCCUUUUCAAAACUAACGUUCCUUGCUGUUUUCGCUCGGACAGUCUUUUAAAGAAGAAAUGAUCAGUUGCUAAUCGUUGAAAACGAAUAGUGUUGCUUGCAAAUGUACAAUCGUUUUCAUUUUCAUAGCUAUAUCGAGUGUGUUGUUAACUCUCUUGUUAAUUCGAAAUCUAUGUUAUAGAUACGCAUCGAUAGCGGUUUCCUUUAUUUCGAUAGAUUUUUUUAUGGAAAAUUUGUCCGAAGUAACGCAAUUGGUAAACUGAUACAUUUUCAAAUCCUUGAAUUCUGCGAAACGAAUAGCGAUUCUCAAGUUUCGAUCGAUAUGUAUAUUGCAAACAAUGUACACGAUAUUAUACGAAUUAAUUGCACGAGAAAAAUGGUACAAGUGUUUGACAGUUUUUAGUAAUCGGUAACUGUAGUGUUAAAUAUUCGUACGCAUAAUUGAAUUACAUGGGAAGAGAAUUUCGAACAUUUCAAUUUCAAGAGCACCAAAAAGAUCGGAAAUGUCCUUCGAAUUCUUGCCAGAGCAACAAAGUAUCAUUGAUUAAUUUUCUGUUGAUUAAUGAAUAAAAUUAUUAAAAGAAAAGCAAAAA